GGAAGCGGAAGCGGCGGCGGCUGCGGCGGCGGCGGCGGUGUCCUUCUGGGCCGUGACGCCGGGCGGCAGCAUGGCGGACGCGGGCUCGCAGGUGCUGCUGGGCUCGGGGCUGACCGUGCUCUCGCAGCCCCUCAUGUACGUGAAGGUGCUGGUGCAGGUGGGGUACGAGCCGCUGCCGCCCACCCUGGGGAGGAACAUCUUCGGACGCCAGGUCUACCAGCUGCCCGGCCUCUUUGCUUAUGCCAAGCACAUCGUGAAGGUCGACGGAAGAGCCGGACUCUUCAAGGGCCUCGCCCCCCGCCUCUGCUCCAGCGCCAUCGGCACCGUGGUGCACAGCAAAGUGCUGCAGGUACCGGGGGGGGUGGCUGGGGGGUGUUUUGGGUCCCUCUGGCAGCUCCUCUCCGUGCCCACAUCCCAUGGGAAUCCCUUACCCGAGCGUCCCGGGGCUGGGUGUUCCCCCUUUUCCCUGGCCGUUGGGGGAACAGCCGCUCCCUCUCCUUCCCAACCUCCCUCUCCUUCCCAACCAGCUCUUCUCCAUGUGGCUGGAUCCGGUGUUUCCCCCCCCAGGGGCUCACCUUCCCACUGCCUCUUCUCUUUCAGCGGCCUCAUCCCCCGGCUCCUCGGGGACAUCCUUUCUCUCUGGCUCUGCAACAUGCUGGCCUACCUCAUCAACACGUACGCGCUGGAGAACGGGGUCUCGACCAUGACUGAGAUGAAGAGCUACUCGCAGGCAGUCACUGGAGUGAGUGCCCCCCACGGCGGGGUGGGGGUGGGACGUGUGUCUCCCUGCGGGGGGGAGGGGGAAGAAGAUUGA